GUUGAACUCUCCGUUUCUAGCGAUAGACAUCGCAGAUCCUAGCGAACUAGACAUGCCUAGCCCUUCUAACAUCGUGACGAGAAAGCACGAAUUCUCUGAUCAAGUAAAAAAUCGAGAUGGGCAUGCUUGUGUAUUCUCCGGAACGUCCGAUCCCGAGGCAGCGCAUAUUUUCCCUUUCGCAACAAGCAAGAACCAAAAUUUCCUCUACCUUACACGAAUGCUCAAUAUCUUCUGGGGCCCCGAGAAGACCCAGGCAUGGCGUCAGAUGUUCGAAGACGCCAAUAUCACCCAAUCAGCUAAAAACGGCAUUUCGAUGAACCACCAAAUCCACUUCUGGUUUGAUAACGCGAGGUUCGCCCUUAAGCCUCUUCGAGAAACGCCCGAGGGAGUCGUUGUCCAGUGGCACUGGCUAAAGAGAAGUGUUCUGAAGCCACUUGUCGAUAUUCGCCCAGAUCAAGAUACCCUUCUCCAGGCUGGAAUCACGGACCAGAACUGGGGUGACAACUUGGCACACCGGAAGAGUGGGGUGAGAAUCCGAACUGGCCAGACAUUUCUCAUCCGAGCAAACAAGCCCGAGGACAGGGUCAGCUGGGAUCUCCUGGAAAUGCAAUGGAAUCUUUUACGUGUCGCAGCCAUCUCUGGAGCGGCCGAUGUUACGGACGAUUAUUACGAUUACGAUGAACCGGAUGAGCGUGCCUACGAUGCAGAAGUAGCUGCUAAACAACGUGUCAUCCUAGCCGAGCAUGGGACAGCCGCCCGGGAUAAGAGCGAGUACUAUGGGGGUGAACAAAGCAAGGCCAAGCAGGCCAGAACGCCUGGUGACUCGGAUAGUGAGAGAAGCAAUAACGAUGGUGGGCCUGGGGAUAGCAGCGGCGGUGGCGCUGCCUAGAAGGUAUCGCCCCUCCGACAGGCACUGCCGGCUCCUCUCUUGGGCAACGCGGCCACAGAAAAUGUCAUGGCUGGAAUCAUGGAAUGUGAGGCUGGUUCAACCGAUAAAAUGGUAAAAGAGACAGGAAAACACAGCAUCCGGGCUGGUAUAAGGAGUUCGUUGAGGAAGAUUUCGUCGAUGAAUCUUAGAUUCGGCAGCAUCCGGAGCAAGUCGUCCAGGGAGUUAGAAUGAACAAGCAUGCUGGCAACGAUCUCAUGUAGUUUAAAAGUCACCGUCACCUAAUUUGUAAUACCAUUUCCC